CGAAGCGCAGCACGAGAUCUCCGAAGCGUCUAAAGCGAUUAAGGCGGCCCAGCAGCAACGGCGUGGGGCUUCAAAGAACAACGCCUUCGAGGCGACCCUGAAUGCAUGCUCAAGGCGGCGCGGAAGAAGCGCAUCCUCGCGAGGUGGAGAGCACUUGAAACGUUCUUCGAGGGCUUUGUACGGCAGCUCGAGAAGAAGAGCCGCGAGGCGGAUCAGGCGGGUUUCUACAGGCACCUGCAGAUGAUCGACGUCGAAGGGAAGAGGUCGUUCACCUCUCAGAACAUCAAGGACGAGGACGGCAAGGUCCUUCGGGACCCCACGUUUAUUCGCCAACGGUGGGCACGGUGGUUCCACAAGCUUCUCAACACCAAGUCGCCGACCAUCGACCUGCAUGCGGCUGACAAGGUCAAGCGGUGGCCCACGUGCGUGCCACUCGACGACAUCCCAUCUCUACUUGAGGUUGAGGAAGCGGUACGGGAAAGGGACAACAGAAAGGCCGUCGGGCCGGACGACCUACCGGCUGAGCUGAUCAAGCUUUUCCUGGACGAAGGUCAAGGUCUCCUCCGCGAAUUCCACGCCAUUGUCGUGAACGUGUGGCAGACUGGGGACGUACCACAGCAGUGGAAGGAUGCCACCAUCAAAGUGCUGUUCAAGAAGGGGGACACGAUGGAGUGCGGCAACUACCGGGGCAUCUCGCUCGUCGCACACGCCGGCAAGGUGCUGCUUAAGGUCGUCGCUACACGACUGAGCCACUACUGCGAGCGAGAGGGCAUCCUCCCGGAGGAGCAGAGCGGUUUCCGCCCACACCGGUCGACGCUCGACAUGCUGUUCGCCAUCCAGCGGCUCCAUGAGCUCGCGAGGAAGAAGAGUACUGCGGUGUUCGCGUGCUUCGUCGACCUCACCAAGGCAUACGAUUCGGUAGACCGAGACCUACUGUGGGACGUGCUCCGACGCUUCGGCGUGCCCCCGAAGAUGCUGGCGGUCAUUCGCCACUUCCACGAGGGCAUGAGGGCGCGCGUCCGAACGGACGACGGGCAGUACUCGGAAUGGUUCGACGUGGGCCAAGGCCUCCGACAGGGAUGCAACCUGGCCCCGCUGCUGUUCAACUUGUUCUUUGCCGUGAUUCUCAUGGUCGCCGUGGCCGAGUUCGACAGGGACCCCAAGGUGACGGCGGACAUGGUCAAGAUCGGGACACAAGUGGAGUACACGGGCAAGAAGGGAAAGUCAGCGGGGAAGAAGCCGACGGUGGUGACGGACGCGGAGGCCUUGUGGGCCAUGCUCCACGCUGACGACGCGGCCAUCGUCUCGCGCUCGCCGGAGAGCCUCGAGACGAUGAUGUCGAUCAUCGUGCGCGUGGCCGGCCUGUUUGGACUGAUGGUGUUGGAGCCACAGACGGAGAUCAUGUGCAUGCUGCCGAAAGGGAUCGAGGAACGCCCGUUCACGGUCAGCGCCGCCGGCCAGACGUACAAGCAGACAGAUCGGUUUGUGUACCUCGGACGUACCAUCUCCGCGGACGGGAAGGCCGACCGGGAGAUCACGAGCCGCAGCUGCCGAGCGUGGAAGUGCUACCGCCGGAACAGUGCUUCGAUGUACGACAGGCGACGGGCCGACCGCCAGCUCAAGAUCCGGCUUCUCCAGGCUGAAGUGGUGGAGCCUCUCCUGUAUGGGUGCGCCUCGUGGAGCCUAACAGCGGAGCACUACACGAAGCUCAAUGGGACCCACCGCCAGUUCCUCACACGGUGCAUCGGCUGGAGCAAGCGGAAACGCUCAGACCGCCCCCUGUCCUAUGCCCAGGCCCUCAUCCAGGCAGGCUGCGAGGAAACCAUCGAGGCCACCGUGCGCAAACGGAGACUGUGUUUCGCGGGCUUUGUUAUGCGCAUGAAGGACAACCGCCUCCCCAAGCGCAUGCUGUUAGGAGCGAUGGCGGGGGGCGUGGGAUACCGGGGCGGGCAGGAGAGCGACUGGGUGUCUCGUCUAGGAGAGGACCUCGUGGCCUUCAACAUGUGAGACGAAAAGCAAGGGGGGAAAUGGAAAGAGAGCGCCAAGGACCCGGAGGUGUGGCACAACCAGGUCGAGGACGGGGCGGCAUGGCUCAUGAGUAAAUGGCACAGGCAG